ACGUCUCAGAGUGCUUUGGUCAUUACCAUUACAUCCCUUUUGUAAUUUCUUCCCUUUACUUGUUCAAAGACUGGAGCUUUUUCACAGUAUUAAUUAAUUAUUCACCUGAAUGCUUUGAUCUGGGUGACAUCAAGAUUUGAUUUUUCAUGUAAAUUUGCAGUUUUUAGGGGUUUAGCUGAUCUGGGUCAUCUUUAUUUUUCUCCAUCUGAGGGAAGAAGUGAAGAUGAAGGUAGGGUUUUUAGUGUGUAUAUGGUUUGUGUUGUGUGGUUGUUGUAUGGGAAGAUUUGUGGUGGAGAAGAACAGCUUGAGAGUAACAUCACCAGACUCAAUCAAAGAGGUGUAUGAGUGUGCAAUUGGCAACUUUGGGGUACCACAGUAUGGAGGAACCAUGGUUGGUAAUGUUAUGUACCCAAAAACUAAUCAAAAAUCAUGCAAGAAUUUCUCAGAUUUUGAUAUCUUCUACAAAUCUAAGCCUGGUGGCAUGCCUGUUUUCCUUCUUGUUGAUAGAGGAGAUUGCUUUUUCACACUGAAGGCUUGGAAUGCUCAGCAAGCUGGAGCAGGUGCUAUUCUUGUUGCUGAUGACCGUGUUGAACCUUUAAUUACCAUGGACACCCCUGAGGAAGAGGAUGCAAAGGCAGAUUAUUUGCAAGAUAUAACUAUUCCAUCGGCUAUAAUUAGCAAAUCACUUGGGGAUAGCAUUAAGAAGGAACUAUCUAAAGGAGAAAUGGUUAACAUAAACCUCGAUUGGAGAGAGGCUCUUCCACAUCCUGACGAUCGAGUGGAGUACGAAUUUUGGACCAAUAGUAACGAUGAGUGUGGCCCCAAGUGUGAAAGCCAGAGAAAGUUUGUCAAAACCUUCAAGGGGGCUGCCCAGAUACUUGAGCAGAAAGGUUAUACACAGUUUAGUCCCCAUUAUAUAACUUGGUAUUGCCCGGAAGCGUUUAUUUUGAGCAAGCAAUGCAAGUCUCAGUGCAUCAACCAUGGAAGAUACUGUGCUCCAGACCCUGAGCAGGACUUCAGUAAAGGUUAUGAUGGAAAGGAUGUUGUUUUGCAAAAUUUACGUCAAGCUUGCUUUUUUAAGGUUGCAAAUGAAAGUGGAAAACCCUGGUUGUGGUGGGAUUAUGUCACUGACUUUGCAAUACGGUGUCCAAUGAAAGAGAAGAAAUACACAAAAGAAUGUGCUGAUCAAGUAAUCAAGUCACUUGGCUUUGACGUCAAACAGAUUGAAAAUUGUGUUGGAGAUCCUGAAGCAGAUACUGACAACCCUGUUCUAAAGGCUGAACAGGACACCCAGAUAGGUAAGGGCUCUCGUGGAGAUGUGACUAUCUUGCCAACUCUCGUUAUAAACAAUAGACAGUACAGAGGUAAGCUGGACAAGGGAGCAGUCCUCAAGGCAAUUUGUUCAGGUUUUGAGGAGACAACCGAGCCUGCAAUUUGUUUAACUGAAGAAAUAGAAACAAAUGAAUGCUUAGAAUCAAAUGGUGGGUGCUGGCAGGACAAGACUGCUAACAUUACAGCAUGCCAGGAUACUUUCCGUGGUAGAGUAUGUGAAUGCCCAGUAGUUCAGGGAGUAAAAUUUGUUGGUGAUGGUUAUACUCACUGUGAAGCAUCUGGAGCAUUGCGGUGUGAAAUAAACAAUGGAGGCUGUUGGAAGGGAACCCAAAAUGGCAGGGCAUAUUCUGCUUGCAUUGACGAUCACACAAAGGGUUGCAAAUGUCCACCAGGAUUCAAAGGGGAUGGAGUUAACAGUUGUGAGGAUAUUGAUGAAUGCAAGGAGAAGUUGGCUUGCCAGUGUGCUGAGUGCAAAUGCAAGAACACUUGGGGUAGUUAUGAUUGCAGUUGCAACGCCAAUUUGUUGUACAUGCAUGAACAUGACACGUGUAUAAGCAAAGAUGCCAAGUCAGAGUUCAGCUGGGGCCUUGUUUGGACUAUCAUCUUGGGUUUGGCUGUUGCAGGGGUUUCGGCAUAUGCUGUGUACAAGUAUAGAAUCCGGAGAUACAUGGACUCAGAGAUUCGUGCCAUCAUGGCACAAUAUAUGCCUUUGGAUCAAGGAGAGGGGGCAACUAAUGUUCCCCACGGGAACGUCUAAUGAUAGACCAUUACUGAAGAGUGAUGAUGGCUUGGGUAGAAUGCAGCCUCCACUGGAUGUCUGCCACCAGUUAGUCAGCCUAAAGUUCUUUGUGCCAAUCAUCAUCGAAACAAAUUACAUCUUAUUUAUGUACAUGUAUGUCCCAACAAUGCACAUAAACCCAAUAAAAGGAAUUGUCCUUGAAUUGGAUUUGCGCAUGAUGUUUGACUUCUAAUAAUAAGGAAAUGCGCAAUAUCAGUUUGUAUUCCACUUGAAAGCAU